UUUAGCUACUCCAAAUUAGAAACUCGUGACGAAGUAGGGUUUGAUAUUUAUCAUUCUAUUUAUCCACAACAUAUACCCAUUCCAAGGUGAGCAUUGUGAUUCAACGUGUCUCGCAAGUUUUAGUUUUCAAAACGAGGGCUUAAAUAUCUCAAGGGAACCAAAAUCUGCUUCGUUUUCAACUACAGCACUAGAAAGGUUUGAGGGUAUAGUAGGUAUGGAAUCCAUAGUUGCAGCAAUGGAGUCCACUACCUUGAAGAAAGAACAUCUGCAAAAUUCCUUCGAGGAACUCGAUGCUCACAAAGGUGUUAUGCAAAACUGCACAAUACAAUGGAAGGAGCUGGAUGAGCAUUUCUCUUACAUAGAUGAAGCAUUGAAGAAGAGAUUUGAAGAAUUACUUGAGAAGGAAAAGGAAUUUGAGGCCAAGGCUUCAGAAACUUGGAAGGUUCUUGAGAAACACGAUGAAGAUGUAGCAGUUAAGGAGCAGGCUUCUUUGUCUCGAGUACAGGAGGAAAAAGAUGCUGCUGUUGCUACAAUUCGCGAGGCUUGUGCCAAGAAGCAGAAGGAAGCACCGUUAGAUUCCUCUGCAAAGAGUGACGGAGAUAGUGGAAAUAAGGUAAAUGAUUCCCCUGUUGUUAUGGACAUAGAAUCUAAUGUUCCUAUCUCUGUCAAAGAAGAAAAAUCUCCCAAUUCAGAUGCUCCUAAAUCUGGAAAAGCUUCUGAGGUGAAGCCUCACCCUCUAUUGAAGGUCAAAGGGGAAAAAUCCCCCAAUUCAGAUGCUCCUAAAUCUGGAACAGCUUCUGAGGUGAAGCCUCGCCCUCUAUUGAAGCAAUUUUGUGAACAAAUGGAUCCGGAAGGGCUUCUAAAAUUCUUAACAGAAAAUCGGAAAUCUUUACCUGUCCUUAGGGAAGAGGUUCCUGCGGGUUUACGCCUCUCAGUUGACCCUGCCCGUUUAGUGCUGAAUGCUAUGGAGGGUUUUUACCCUCCAAAUCAAGGGAAUAAAACAGAACCUGGUCUAGCGGCUCGACGCCGUUCAUGUAUCCUGUUGCUGGAAUGUCUUGUGCCCUUGUUGGGUUCUGACGACCCUAAGGUUGCCUCCGAUAUUAAGGAGCAAGCUAAAAUAACUGCAGAUGAUUGGAAGUCCAAGUUGGCUGAUGUGGACAUUGAUGCUUCCAAUGGAAAUUCAUUGGAGGCUCAGGCAUUCCUGCAGCUCCUUGCCACCUUUGGUAUCUCUUCAGACUAUGAUGCAGAUGAAUUAUGCAAGCUUGUUAUUUCUGUUUCACGCCGCAGGCAAACACCUGAGCUCUGUCAAUCUCUUGGACUUGAAGAAAAAAUGCCAGGGGUCAUGGACACUUUGGUCGACAAUGGAAAGCAAAUCGAGGCUGUUAACUUUGCAUUUACAUGUGGACUGGUGGAUAAGUAUCCACCUGUUCCUCUAUUGAAAGCAUAUCUGAAGGAGGCUAGAAAAGCUGCACAGGUUAAAAGUGGCAAUACAUCUGUUGCUGCACAGAAUGAAGCAAAUGCAAGAGAGCUCUUUGCAUUGAAAGCUGUUGUUAAAUGCAUUGAAGAGCACGAUCUCGAAUCAGAGUACCCUUCUGAUACUCUGCGGAAGCGUGUGCUUCAGCUAGAGAAGGCAAAGACAGAUAAAAAAAGAUCUGCAGAUGCUACGAAGAGUCAGUAUAAAAAACCUCGCACAAAUACUGCUGGAGGAUAUUUACCUACAGCAUCUGGAAUUGACAGAUCUAGUGUCUAUGCUACUGCCAAUGCUGCUGACAUGAGCUUAUAUCGGUCUGCUGAUAGAGUUCAGUAUCCCAGUUCUGUUCUCAGUGCCAAUUCAUACAACCUGCCUAUUCAGAGUGGUUAUGACAGGUCCAGCCAGGGGAUCUAUGGGCCAUCAUCCCUUCCACGAUCUUACAUGUAUUCAAGUGACAAUCUGGGAUCUUCUGGAUUAGGUUCUGGUUCUUACAAUGCAGCUUCGUAUAAUGCAGCUUCUAAUUACAACGGUUAUCAUCAUGGCAGUGGCCUACCUCCUGUGCAUCCUACAUCCACUCGCCCUACAUCUGCUUACACAUCUUCCACUUACCCUAGUUCCAAUUAUCCUUCUUCAUAUUUACAGUAGAAGAUGCUUUUAUUGCCAGUCUUUAUCUAUGGAAUUAUCUGUUUUCAUAUUAAGCCUAUGCAACAGAAAGGUCAAAGAUUUUUGAAAUAGCAGCUGAACAAGUUGUUGCUGAAGUAUUUGAGUGGCAAAUGCUUACCACCACCACCCCUUGUCUUUAGUUCGUUUCAAUAGUUUAUGGUUCAAAAUGUACACUUUGAAGUGGAUUGGCACUUUCAGACAUGGUGUAAUUUUUUCGAGUGCUAAAUAUUAUUACUGACUUCGGAGAAACCAUAAAUGAGUAGUUUUACACCUUCAAACACUAGGAGGAACAGACAUUUUUGUGUAUUGAGCCAAGCUCCAAUUUUGUGAACCUCACAUUGCCAAAGAAUAUUGCUGCUGUGUACUUAUUUGUUUCAAUUGAAGUAAGAAUCCCGUUAUUGCCCACA